UCUUAAUUUAUAUUUUUCCUCUUUUUCUUUAUUUUUUAAGGCAAUUGCACCUUUAUUGGAAAACAACCAUCCUCCUCCUGACCUCUGUGAAUUCUUCUGCAAGCACUGCCGAGAGCGUCCUCGGUCGAUGGUUGUCAUCGAAGUGUUCACCCCGGUGGUACAGAGGAUUCUCAAACACAACAUGGAUUUUGGGAAAUGCCCUCGGUUGCGUCUGUUUACUCAGGAGUAUAUUCUGGCUUUGAAUGAGCUGAAUGCUGGAAUGGAGGUGGUGAAGAAGUUUAUUCAUAGCAUGCAUGGUCCAACUGGACAGUGCCCCCAUCCCAGGGUCCUGCCAAAUCUUGUAGCUGUCUGCUUAGCAGCCAUUUAUUCGUGUUACGAGGAAUUUAUCAACAGUCGAGACAAUUCACCAAGCUUGAAGGAAAUUCGGAACGGCUGCCAGCAGCAAUGCGACCGAAAGCCGAAUCUUCCCCUCCGCCUUCUUCACACGAGUCCUGACCUGGUCUCUCAAGAGGCCACCUUAAGUGAAUCCCGGCUCAAGCCAGUCAUUGUCACCUCCAAUGAGAUCCACGUGGAAGUAGAGCGCAACAACACCGCGAAUCAGAAGAUGACAGCUAAUGUGGGCAAUGACAGCGAGCCCAACCUGAUUGACUGCUUGAUGGUCAGUCCUACCUGCAGCACCAUGAGCAUUGAGCUCAGUACCCAAGCAGACAGGAUCCUUGGCUGUUAUGUUGAAAUACUCAAGAUGCUGUCAGACUACGAUGACUGGAGACCAGCCCUUGCCAGCUUGCUUCAACCUAUCCCGUUCCCCAAAGAGGCGCUUGCACAUGAGAAAUUCACAAAGGAGCUGAAAUAUGUGUAUCAGAGAUUUGCAGAAGACCCUAGACAAGAAGUCCACUCGUGUUUGCUGAGCGUGAGGGCUGGCAAAGACGGCUGGUUCCAGCUCUACAGCCCCGGAGGAGUGGCGUGCGAUGACGAUGGGGAGCUCUUUGCCAGUAUGGUUCAUAUUUUAAUGGGAUCCUGCUAUAAAACGAAGAAGUUCCUGCUUUCACUGGCUGAAAAUAAGCUAGGACCCUGCAUGCUGCUGGCUCUGAGGGGUAACCAGACCAUGGUAGAGAUUUUAUGUUUGAUGCUGGAAUACAACAUCAUUGAUAAUAACGACACCCAGCUCCAGAUCAUCUCUACCCUGGAGAGCACGGACGUGGGGAAGCGAAUGUACGAGCAGCUGUGCGACAGGCAGAGGGAGUUAAAAGAGCUGCAACGAAAAGGUGGUCCCACAAGGCUAACACUGCCAUCCAAGUCAACAGAUGCAGACCUGGCCCGCUUGCUCAGCUCCGGAUCCUUUGGAAAUUUGGAAAAUCUCAGCCUGGCCUUUACCAAUGUAACCAGUGCUUGUGCUGAGCACCUCAUUAAACUGCCUUCGCUCAAGCAGCUGAACCUGUGGUCAACUCAGUUCGGAGACGCGGGGUUGCGGCUCCUGUCCGAGCACCUCACGAUGCUGCAAGUGCUCAACUUGUGCGAGACUCCCGUCACCGACGCCGGGCUGCUGGCACUGAGCUCCAUGAAGAGCCUGUGUAGUUUGAAUAUGAACAGCACUAAACUUUCAGCGGACACCUACGAAGAUCUCAAGGCUAAACUCCCCAACCUGAAAGAAGUGGAUGUUCGCUACACUGAAGCAUGGUGAACUCUCCCUGUCUCUGUUUCUCUCUUUUGCUUCUGGACAAGAAGAAAAAGAUUUUUAAAACAAAC